AUGUCGGACAGUGCCAAAAUCCGUCGACAGAUUGGAUUCCUCAAGAAGCAGAUUCAGAGAUACUGCUCAUCAAUCGCCCAAACACUGACAGACUACAGCGUCGACGCCAAGAAUUCCGAAUUCACGCAACUGGACAAUGAUCAGUUGGAAUCGCUACGAUUUGAACUUCAAAGCACCAAAUCCAAUCUUCUCAGAGCAUACAACCGCAUCACGUUUUUACAUGACGAAUGGGCAAUACUACAAGAAUCCGACGCCAACGAAGCUCAACUAUUCCAAGACUACGUCACCAAAUAUGGAGAUUACCGCAUAUCGGCAUCAGAAGCAGUCGCUCAAUUAGAAAACCUCGACCUCCUUCUCGACGAUCUGGAAGCUGAAUUCCAUAAACGUAACAUCAGUAUCUCUUCUGGCUCUUCAGACAACACAGAUGAUCAACUCAAUCCUAAAGCCAGCAAUUACGACAAUCCACUCGUCGAUAGACCGAAUCCAUCCAAUGUGACUCAACAGGCCAUCAUCACUCCUUGCAAUACGUCACUCAUCAAUUUUGUCGACGCAUCAAUACUGAGCAAAAUGGAACUACCUACAUUCGAUGGGAACAUACUCGAAUUCCCUGAAUUUUCGUCUCGCUUCGCAACUCUGGUCGGAAACAAGGAAGAACUCGACAACACGACCAAAUUUUCGCUGUUGAAGUCAUGCUUACGAGGAGCGGCUCUGAAUUCCAUACAAGGACUAUCGCUGACGUCCGAGAAUUACAAGAUCGCUAUGGACAUCCUGAAGACACAUUAUGACGACAAGGUAACAAUCAAGCACAUACUUUAUUCAAGAUUGGCCGAUCUUCCCACCUGCGAUCCCGAAGGACGCAAUCUUCACAAUCUCUACAAUCGAAUGUUUGCGCUCGUACGACAGUUCACAGAUGGGAACAAUGACUCGAACGAAACUGGAUUGGGAGCGAUCCUCUUCAACAAACUUCCUCUACGCGUAAGAAGCCAAAUUUACGAUAGAACGUCGAACUCUCACAAUCUAUCACCGAGUGAGUUGCUUAAUCUCCUGACGGAUAUUGUUCGGAAGGACACAACAUUAUCCGAAAUGUCGUCCCAUAUACGCUCAGUGGCCGAACAGGAUCACUACCAUACAUUUCAUGCCUCUUCAAAAACUCCAAGGAGGAAAACUGCAACGUUUGGAUACCGCGGUACCAGAAAGCAGCCAAAGCCGUGCCAAUUCUGUAAGGUCGAGCCAACACUUCUCAGUCAACUGCAACAUGUUUGCCACGCCUCAGCUUCGAAUCAGAUACACAGAAAGCAAACAGAGCUCUCGAUGAAUAAUCCCAUAUCUCGACCACAUUCGGAUUACCGACCAUCAACAAACCGUCGACACUUCACGCAUGUGGCCGCCAGCAACGAGGAAAAAGAAGUUCCUGACGAACGUGAGAAAGAAAAUGGCGCAACCAUGACUACUUCCAACUCUUCAACAAUCACUACCAUCUCCUCCGCAACCACGCUCAUGUGCACAAAAGCCACCAUCUUCAAUCCUCUCGACCCAUCUCGAAGCAUGGACGUGACAGCAUUCCUGGACUCCGGCUCCAGCCAUUCAUACAUAUGUGACGAUGUUGCGAAAAUUCUAAAUCUGACGAAUAUCAGACCUGAAUACGUAUCGAUAUCCACGUUCGGGACAAGUACACCACUCCAGCUCAUUUCCAACAAUCACGAGAUCGGCAUUCGGACAAAAACCGGAACACAAAAGCUAAUGGUCAAAUCGUUGCCUACGCUGACAGGAAACCUAAAGUUCGCCCAACAGGAGAAAACGAACGAAGGGACUAUCGUCAAGAUAUUUACCGCCCGAGCAUCCCUCCUCAUUGGAAACGAUUACUUCUGGGACAUUGUGCUCAGCAAGGAUUUCUCAUACGAAACAUUUUCGAAUGGUUUCCGACUACUUCACACCAACCUCGGCGACAUUUUAACCGGUAAAUGCUUUGACUUCAAGAACGCCAACGCUUUCGUUUCAGUCCUAUCUGAUGACAGCAUGGAACAUCCUGCUAAUUACGACAUUCUAACGGAGCUUGUGCGCAAGUUUUGGACUCUGGAAUCAGUUGGGAUCAUAGACAACCCAAACCAGAAGGACGAUGACGUAUGUCUUCAAUUUUUUAACGACAACAUCUCGUACGACAACAAAGAUGGAAGAUAUACCGUGAAACUACCAUUUAAAUCAGAUCCUUGUCACCUACCCGACAACUAUCCGAUGGCAUACUGUAGAAACCUUUUCCAAAAAGCAGGAAUGAAUCUCCGCGAGUAUGCAAGCAACUGCAAAGAUCUUAACGACUUCUUCGAAUCCAAUGGAAACGGAACUAUUUCUUCAAAGCAAAAACUUCUCGGACUCAAAUGGGACAUCACAACCGAUUCUAUAGCCAUCCAGUUACCUCCCAAGAAGACAUACUCUGCAAAUUCACCGACAUGGACUAAAAGAAAAGUACUCAAGGAAAUUGCCAGCAUCUACGAUCCAUUAGGGUUUCUCGCCCCAACGACCCUGCUGGGGAAACGGUUUCUGCAGUCCCUAUGGAUAAUGAACCAGGGCUGGGACGAUCUCCUCUCCAGUGAACAACAGUCACAGUGGAUAAAAAUUAUGGAAUCCUGGAACACACCCGCUCUAACAUUCAACCGUCAAUUUUUCCCCGAUAGUGACGACAGCUCUGCCACUCACGAUCUUCAUGUCUUCGUCGAUGCCUCUGCACAUGCUUAUUGUGCUGUUGCCUACAUAGUCCAACAUAGAGAAGAUUCCACAACUCAUGUCUCUCUCAUAAUGGCAAAAACUCGACUAGCUCCACUUCACCAAUCCGUAACCAUUCCGCGUUUGGAGUUGUCCGCACUGGCGGUCGGAGCAAAACUCCUCACCUACAUUACAAAGCAAAUGGAUAUCUCAUUCGAGGAAAAAUACCUAUGGACCGACAGCACAGUCGCCUUGGCAUGGACAGAAACUGAUAAACAAGUUCCAAUAUUCGUUCGCAACCGCGUCAAGACCAUUAAGGAACACACCGCUGACGUCAGCAUCAACUACAUCUCCACGGACUGUAACCCAGCAGAUAUUGGGACGCGCGGAGCCACAUUAGCCGAACUUCAAGAGCUGCCACUAUGGUGGACUGGACCUUCAUUUCUCAAACAAGACAAAGCACAGUGGACACAAUCCCAGACAUCCAUGAGUCUGCUAUCCACCGAAGAUCAAAAUGAUGUCGAAAGUGCUUUCACGGCUGUUGCUACAAAUAACACCCAAUAUGAUGGCUACGUUUCCGAGCAGGUCAUCGAUUCUACAAGAUUCAGCAGAUGGACCACUUUACUCAAUACUAUGACAACGGUUCUACGUUUUCUCUCGAAGAAAUCCAAAACGGCCGCCUCAAUUUUCGGAACCAACCCUGUCCUACUAAUUCAAAAGGCGGAAGUCAUCCUCCUACGUCGAGCGCAGUAUGAAGUACCACCAACCGAUGAUCAAAAGGAACAACUUCACUUAUUCCAGUCCGUAACAAAUUUAUUAUGGGUAUCAACAGGCCGCAUCAACAACGCUACUCUCCCUCAAGAAACACGCACGCCGAUCUUCCUCCCCAGCAAACACCACAUCACUACGCUCAUCAUAUUGGACAUCCACACAAAGAACAAUCAUUGCGGGAUCAAUCACACGCUGACAGAACUGCGCCAGAAGUUCUGGAUCCCUAAAGGAAGGUCCACAGUAAGAAAGACGAUACAAAAUCAUUGCUACCACUGCAAAAGAUACAACGCGAAGCCGUUCACGCUACCCCCCUUCCCUCCUCAUCCAAAACAACGCGUUACGCCUCCUCAGUACCCAUUCCAAAAGAUGGGAAUGGACUUCUUCGGACCCAUGCAAUACAAAUCAGACUACAACACAACGGAAAAGUACUGGAUGUUACUCUUCACGUGCCUCAACUCACGCGCUAUAUACGUUGACGUCGUUCUCGACAUGACAACUGACUCAGUGCUUCACGUCCUACGUCGAUUUAUCGCAACCAUUGGAUGCCCCACGUGGAUAAUUUGCGACAAUGCACUCUCGUUCAAGAAACUGGCCGAAUGCUACUCUUCACUUCCAAGUACGACCAUCGAAAAUGAUAUUAUCGACUACUGCACGCAAAAAAGGAUCCGCAUCAAAUUCAUACCAAGUCUAAGCCCGUGGCAAGGAGGACUCUACGAAAAAAUGAUCGAUCUCUUCAAGAAGUCGUUCAGGCAUGCUAUUGGAAACAACAUACUACACUUGCCUGACAUCAUAACGAUAGCAAAGGAAGCAGAAGCGAUCGUCAAUACGAGACCCUUGACGUAUACUACCGAUGAUCUCGAUCAUAUCCCUCUACGCCCCGUCGAUUUCUUGCGACCAUCUGCUCUUCUUUGCGGACCACAACCUGCGGACAAUCCUACUGAUGAAUGGCUACCGCUGGAAAAUACCCAAGAAAAACUCAUAACGAGGUGGCACCGCACCUGCCAAACCCUUGCCACCUUUUGGAAACGAUGGUCAACGGAGUAUCUCACUUCGCUAAGAGAACAAUACAAAACCACCCACAGAACACCUCGAUCUAUCCAAAAGGAAGAACCCCAUCUAGGAGAUAUCGUACUGAUUCACGAUGCCACACUCAACAAAGGUCAAUGGAAAACAGGGAGAAUCGUUGGAUCAAAGGACGAUUACAAACGAUCUGUGGAAAUACGACUGCCGUCAAAGAAAAUUAUCACCCGGCCUCUUAAUCUUGUCUACAAAUUCGAAAUUUCUUCUAUCAGCGACACCAAUCUCGACACAACGACGGAUUCAUCAAAACCUCAAACUCAGGAAAAUGAUUACAGAACCAGCAACAAUGGAAGGCACGAGAGAAGAACUGGAUCAAGACAUCCCAUGACAACUAGAUCAAAAGCCCGUCAUCAAGCCAAUGCGCUCACUACAUGCGUCAGCAUCAUCCUAUUCUGCCAAGUUGCCCUUGCUACAAACACACGGUGCCCCGCAACUAUAUCUACCACCAAGACGAUACUCUACGCAACCAACUGUGCAAAGGAAGGCAUAGCCAUCGCACUACACAACGAUACUGAUGCAGAAAAAUUUUGUUGGUUUCCUGUAUCCUGUCCACUUGGAGCCAUAAGAUCAGAAUUUCCAAUGAAACCAAACACAACUCUUUGUGGUGAAUCCUGUGAAUGCCCAAAGUGGGCCACUUCCUGCUCAUAUAGUGAAUCAGACAGGACUACCUUGUCCGAAUUGCCCUUGAUUCCCCAAAGCCUAAGGAGCUACCAACCAUAUCAAGUAUGCUCUUUCGAAAAGUCUCGACAAUGCGAUCAAAAACGGCAAAUAGGAAACUUUCAUCAAAUCCAACUAUUCGACGACAACAUUCUUCUGGUAAAGCAAUUGACAAUUCAAAUCAAAGAAUAUAUAGACGACAGAGACUUCACGUGUAUCGACAAAAAAGGAUGGAAACGACUGCCCAGGCGAUCGAUCACUGGAACUUCACGCUUCUGUGCGAAACACAAGUGCACGCCGAACGCUAGACUGUUCUGCUCAUAUGGCAAUCCGUUGGCGAUGCUCGUCAUCAACGACAGUGAAUCAUCAACAACCUUACCAAUCAAAGCAUGGGGAACGGUGACAAAGUCGUUUUUCGGAUACCGAGCAAUCGACGCAGAAGAAAAGCAACAACGCGUCAGUGUCCAUUUCACUGAACAAAGGUGCACAGUUGGAGGAGUCUUCUUAAGAAGUGACAACGUAAUCGAAGGCGCAGAGUUAUGCAUCCACAAUUACUGCGUUUUUCUGAGGAAUUUUACUUCCCAGACAGUAUCCUUCCCAAACUUGCUGAUAAUGUACGACCACCUCGUAUCCAUCAAGAUAUGGAAUAAUGGCAAGCUGUACAGCGAAUCCGAACUUACCUGCAAGGCUCAUACCAUCUGUGAGACCCUUCUAUGCUACAUUUGUUGGGAAAGACUCUACAACCCUCAAUGCUGGAAUUACAAGCACUAUCUCAUGAUGCUCUUCGCUGCCGGUCUGCUCCUUACCAUAGCACCAACCGUGUACAUUCUUCUCCGAAUACUACGCUUCAUCUUCCGCAUACUAUGGAUCAUGCUACGAAAGCUCUUGUCCAUUAUUCGCGUUUCACCUAACCGAAUACUACGCUUCAUCUUCCGCAUACUAUGGAUCAUGCUACGAAAGCUCUUGUCCAUUAUUCGCGUUUCACCUAACCGCUAUCGCCAACCUCGCUUGCCGAGAUAUACUAAUCGACGAAAAAGGAAUCGACAACGAACAUUUCUGGCCUGCACCAUCCUCAUUCUCUUUCACUCAAGUACGACAAAAGGAUGCUCAGAAACAGUCGCCAUGACAACAGGCGAAGAAGUCUGCACAAUAAAAAAGGACGAGGAAACUUGCACCUUCAACCAUGCGACGGUAAUAACGCUCCAACCUUUGCAGCAGCAAACUUGCCUCACUCUCAACGAUCCACAAAAUCUUCCGAUGGGAAUGCUUACAAUCAAACCAGAAGGAAUCAAGUUUCGAUGCAACAGGAAAGAUGAAUUUUACACUCGUGACCACAAAAUUGUGUCAGAAUCAGUCCACCGCUGUCACCGCGCCGGUAGCUGUCACGCAGACCAAUGCCACGAAAUCAAGGAAACUGACAAAUUGAAGGAAUUUUCCGAAGUCGCCAACGAUAGUCCAGGAUACACAUCUUGUUCUUCCAGCUGUGGUGGUUUGUCUUGCGAUGGCUGUUUCUUCUCUACACCUAGCUGCCUCUUCCAUCGGCUCUACGCUACUCCAACAUCAUCGACCAUUUAUACCGUCUUCCAAUGCCCAAGUUGGGAACUUGAAGUAGACGCAGAAGUUACUCUACAGCAAGAAGAUGGAACAACUGCUGCUACUACAAUACACCUUCUCCCAGGCCGCACGAACACUUGGAACAAUAUCCACUUCUCGUUGAUCGGAACAAUUGUCCCACAACUUCCUAUACUGUCAUCUACCUUCGUCACCAAUGGAGAGCGAACCUCCAUAAUCAAUCCAGCUUACGCGGGACAAUUACAGAGUCAUUCUGUAGGACAACUGCAGUGCUCUUCAUAUCACGCAGCGGAACAAUUCAACUGCUACUUCUCGCGUAAUACAUGCACUUGCACCACUACUGUAUAUAGUACGACCUGUACCUGCAGCAAUGGAAAUAUACGUGAUCGCAUGGCUGCUCAACCACUUCCACAAAUAUCGAAAAACUUCAUCAUCUUCGAAUCCAACAAGAAGUUCUACGCAAGGACAAAUGUCGGCUCUGCCAUAAAAGUUCAAAUAGUCGCAGAAAAUCUCCGAAUAACGUCAGUGAAACACAUCAGCCGUUGUCAAGUGGAAUCAAGCGACCUAUCCGGAUGCUACAGUUGCACUACGGGCGCCUCAUUAACACUAUCGUGCACCAGCGACAACGACGAAGUGCUUGCUCAAGUCAAAUGUGAUCAACACUCACACGUCAUCAGAUGUACAGAGGCUGGCUUCCUGAACACAAUUUUCCUGAUGUUCGACUCUCCAACAGUGACCGCAUAUUGCACCGCUGCCUGCCCUGGAGGGACCGUGAACUUCACGAUCAAAGGAUCUCUGGCUUUCGUCAACGAAAGGAUUAUCUCUCCGGACAACGGCACAUCAAACAUCCAGAGAAACGUAGCAAGUGAUAUAUCUUUCGUGAAUGAGCUUGUUGAAAAGACUAAAGACAAAUUCAUGUCAGUUGUGAACGGUAUCACCUCGUUCUUCACUCUUUGGGAACUUCUUCUCUUUCUUAUCCCUGUUAUACUACUGGUUAGCCUUCUCCAUCGAUUUUGUCCUAGAAUACACCAUGACAAAUCGCACUGA